AUGCGUUCUAAUAAAUGUGUACUUUUCGCGAUAACUUUAUUAUCGAUAGAAUCGGUGACGUCGGCAGUUGUGAAGAGUGUGAGUCAAUUGAGCAGUGAGGCAGGAAAAUCGGAAGAUUCAGUACCCGGAUCUUGAUCUCGGCUUCCCGGCUCGCAAUCGUUCCGUCGCAAAUGCUCUCUAUUCGGCCAUCGAGCUCUCACUCGCCACUUUUCCAAACAAGAACGUUCAUGACGAAGCGAAGGUUAUGAAACAUGUGAGAACGAUCAAAGGAUUCAAAAGACGCCCAGCAACUUUCAGAAAAUUCUCGAACAAUCGCGUGAGCAGUACAAAAAGUUGCAUCCAAACGCCGAGUUCGGCUACAUAAUGCCACGUGGUCCAUUGCCGUUGCAAAGAAGAAAAGCCUACAAACAACUUCCGAAAAACGUUCGUAAAUAGAAAAUGAAUCCGCGUCCACGUCGUUUUUGUCUUCUGCAAUCUAUGUUGCCUUUUCGUUCCCUAAUUGGUCGCCGACACCUUUUCUUUCAUUUUCUUUUCCCUUCGUUGCUGUCCUUUGUUUUUCGUGUCCAAGUGCAUUUCGGUCCCAAUUGGCCCCAAUCGUCGGCUAUAUUUAACCGGCCGUUUCGCCCUCUCGAAUGUGCGCUUCCUCCGAUCUUCCCCAUCUGCUCCACAGUCUUCUCUCUGUCCAUAUCAGUAGUCCGUUUCCCCUCGGAAUCACCUCAUGCCUCCUCGAUUCCUUAUCUCUCCUUGAGAGCACUGCCGCAUUCCGUUUCGAGACACUUCCUGACUCAGCUAUCACUCGGAAAAAACGAUGAUUUGUGGUUUUCGUCGAGGCAGCAAAAAGAGAGAGAGAGAGAGAGUGAUGUAAGAUGUUAGUGAUCUUAUGUAGGUAGUCACCGAAUGGGCCGUACAGGAGACGGAGACGUCGGAAGGACAACCGAAUACAAAACACAAUCAGCAGCCGACACGACUUUCUCCCAUCGGGAUCCUCGCCGAGUGUCUGUCUGCGUCUGCCGGGGGCGGGCUGAGUGAGCAUCUUCCGAGAGAUUCCUGACUUGUCUUUCAAAAGAGACUUUGGCAGGUUUUCUUUUGCUUUUGACACUCUGGAAGGUCUCUUGUGAUUACAGUAUGGGCAACCAAAACCUAUUAUCAGAUGUUACGAGCUCUCCGAAAGAAAAUGCCGUCAUGUGAUCGAUCAUGUUUUCGUUUCCUGAACUUCCUGAACCUGAACUCCUGGACAGUUUCUCAUCUGAUUCUUUUUCUUCAUUUUAUGUUCCUUUUCUCUUCAAUUGUAGCCGCUGAAUAUAUGAAUUUCUUUCGAAAUCGUCUCGAUUGACGUUUUCCCAUUACCAUUAGAGACCAAACGAAUCACGCGGAGCUACGUGGCUCCGCACAACGAAAGGCUACAACCAAAGCUGUCCACCGCCCUGCCCGUUCUUAUCCGAUUGGGCUUCUCCUCGUACUAGUUUGUUGUCACCCCGUUGUUUUCUUGUUCACUUCUGUACAUCCACGUUCUUUUCAUGUGGCCAUCAUCGUCGUCCCGCCCAUCUCCUGGGCUCUUUGUGAGUGUGUCGACGAAAAUUUCGGGAAGUGGGAGUUAUCUAAUGCGGAAAUAAUAAACGAUAAGCGGAAAAGAGCAGUAGAUAAGCGAGCGGCGACGGGUAUUCGGCCCAUACUUUGUUCAUUCGAAGCUACGAUCACACCACCACCACCUCCGCCGUCUCUUCGACUACUCUCGACUCAGGAUGUCAUUGACCGCUAUGGACCUUCGCAUGCUCACGCAGGUUAGUCGAAGAGUAACGAAUCCGGGGGAUCCGUAACCUGACACCCGACUGCACGCCUCCAUCCCUUUGUGUUUAACUUUAAAGUCCAGGAAGGGAAGGCGAUCGAAGCGUCGGAUUGCGAGCGGCAAUGAAUGCGCCGAUGAAUAUCUCCGUUCGAGAUCGGGGCGCCCCAUCCAUCCAUCCACCUCAUCGCAGUUCAUGAAAGUCUUCUUCUUCUUCUUCUUCUUCUUCGUCAUCAUCAUCCUCUCGCCACGCCGCCUCCUUCUGCGGCCGGCCUCAUUCCGUCCAUUAAACUUUUAUGGUCCUCUUCUCGCCGACGACGCCGGAAGUGGGGAUUGCUCUCACCGCAAAUGCCGGAAUAAUCGAAUUGUAUCACACUUCGGAUUUGGCGUGAAACCUCUUUGUCGCCUUCUUCUAUUCUCCACGCCCCGCCCCCUCCUGCCACGUUGCAGCGAGAGCUUCUUCGUCAUUUUCGGCCGCCUCUCCACCACUCAUCCCACCCGUUCCAUGUCUGUUUCAACAUCAAUUUGCUUCCCGCAAAGUCCAUCCUUUGUCGCCAAAACAUCUUCUGUUUCUUCUUCCUCUCGUUCGCCUCCUCAAUCGAAUUGCGUCGUCCCAUUCGAGAGAGCGGCCGAGCGCAUUGCUGAAAUUCAGAGCCGGAUGUCGUUUGUUUCUCCCUAUCCGCCCACCACAUUUCAUCAGCAAACCACAGACAGUUUAAAGAGAAGACAGGCGGGAAGGGACUGUGGAGCCAGCGGCCGGAGGGAAACGGAGUGCCGGUCUCCGCGUGGUCCCACAUUCCACGAUCCGAUACGCACCGCGUCUGAUGCCUCGACGAGAUUCAAAUUCGGCGCGCAUCCGAAGAGUGGAAACCCGUUUCGAACGCGCCGAGAUUGGGAGACGAUGAAAGAGAGCGAGACGUCGUCGCUGAUAGCGAUGCGCGGAGACGGAGACAAACACACGCUGCUACUACAGGCGACGAAGGAUCGCGCACCAAUCCCACCGUCGUUUUUCUGCACCGGGUGUUCCCCCGUGUUGUUCUGACUUUUCGCGCCGUGCUCUCUGAACCUCGCCUCGUCCCGCAAUUCCGUGCAUCGGCUUUGCUCUUUUGACAGAUGAGCUCGUCCAUUUUCUUUGCGUUUCACUUCCUUCCUCCUCAAUCGCCUAAUUUCAGUUCGACGCUGCCAGCUUGGAAGCGGACCACAAGAGGAUGUUGUACGGUGAGUCUUGCAUUGAGCAAGGGAGGGAAUUGGUUUGUGACUCAUGUUUUGACACCAAACAUUCCUUCAUGCUUCAAAAAAUCAUCAGCAGUAAGUGCAAAAAAGAAAACGGAAGGAGGGCGAGAGAGCGACGGAUCGUGCGCCGAUUCUCGCCGCCGUCUUCUCGCCGCCUUUCUCUCGAUUUCUUUUUCCCGUCGCGCCCCUCAAUAAUCAUACUUUAUCAUCGUCGCCCACUCUACAGUACAUUCUAGUCGCCUAGUUAACCGUGAGUCCGGGCUAAUGCCAUUCCAUUUCGAAUUCUGCAGCUGGUUAGUUGUUUAUCAAUCGGGACUGUCUCGGACUGUCUUUUGAAUGGAACUGGUUCCCAGUUCCCAGUGCCCAGUUCGCCCACCGGAGCCUUCUGAUCACCUUUCCGUGAUGACGUCACCCAAAUUAGUCUCCAAAGUUCUUGUCUUCUUUCUUUGCUUGUUUCCACGCCACUCCAAACACGCAAACACGGCGAAAUCGAGUUAUCGUCGUCCGAAAAAGUGGAGCGAGGGAAAACAAGCCGGCUCGAAGAAGGGAAAGGAGAUGAAGGGGAAGAAGAAGAAGAAGAAGGAGAAGAAGAGCUGCUCUUCGCAAUUGAGGGCUCACUUGGCACCACCACCACACACGACGACAGAUUAUGCACUUUCUCGGUCAUCUCGUUGACUCUUUCCCUCCUUUCGUUCGCUCCAAACGCACUCUCCUCGAGUCGUUUCCCUUAUUCUCCGUCCGCCGUCCCUUCUCCUACUCGCAAGGUAUACUGUAGGUGUGAGCGGGGUGGGCGCCCAAUUCAUUUAUCAUUUCCCUGCGGAGCCACGCACCCACCCACUCAACUCUUUCGUGCUUUCAGAAGAGCCGAUCUCUUUGGAAGAAGCCGCCCUGAACGCCAACGACGUAAUGGUGGCGCCCAGUCGGAAGUCGUACGUGCAUGGCUGCUCGACGGUCCCGCUGCUCUUCGAGACGGUCGGAGAACGGCUCCGCUCGGCCGUCGACCAGGUGCCCGACAAGGAGUUUCUAAUCUUCAAACGGGAAAACAUUCGGAAGACUUACUCGCAAGUCGCCACCGAUGUCAGUCGAAAAUCUAUUGGCGUUCGGAAAGAAUAAAAGUUUUUACAGGCUGAGAACCUCGCUUGCGGACUCCUUCACUUGGGAUUGACGAAGGGGGACCGCAUCGGAAUCUGGGGACCCAACACUUACGAGUGGACGACCACUCAGUUCGCCACCGCGCUUGCUGGAAUGGUUCUAGUCAGUUUUUGUAGCCUUUCAAGACAAUUAAUCAAUGAACACUUUUUAGGUAAACAUCAAUCCUUCGUAUCAGUCAGAAGAACUUCGCUACGCUAUCGAAAAAGUAGGAAUACGAGCACUUAUCACUCCUCCAGGGUUCAAGAAGUCUAACUAUUAUCAGAGUAUCAAGGUACCGGCCAGUACCGUAAUCCGUUGUUUUCAUACAAAUGUUUGCAGGACAUUCUUCCGGAAGUCACUUUGAGAGAGCCUGGAAAGAGCGAUAUAAACUCGAGAAACUUCGCCUGCUUCCAACAUUUGAUCAUGUUCGACGAGGAAGACAAACUCUACCCGUGAGUCUUCGACUCAAACCGCCGUCUCAUCCCCAAAAGUUUAUAUUCAGAGGAGCCUGGAGAUACACCGAUGUCUUGAAGAUGGGAACAGAAGACGACAGGCUUCAGCUGUCCAAGAUUGAGAGGGAAACUCAGCCAGAUGACUCGCUGAACAUCCAGUACACUAGUGGAACCACCGGUCAGCCUAAGGGGGCCACUCUCACCCAUCACAAUGUGCUCAACAACGCCUUCUUCGUGGGGCUCCGCGCAGGAUACAGCGAGAAGAAAACGAUCAUCUGCAUUCCGAACCCGCUCUACCACUGCUUCGGAUGUGUGAUGGGCGUGCUCGCUGCCCUCACUCACCUCCAGACGUGCGUCUUCCCGGCCCCUUCGUUUGAUGCUCUCGCUGCUCUGAAAGCGAUCCACGAGGAGAAGUGCACGGCGCUUUACGGAACUCCGACCAUGUUCAUUGAUAUGAUCAACCAUCCGGAGUACGCCAACUACAACUACGACUCGAUCCGUUCGGGAUUCAUCGCCGGUGCUCCGUGCCCGAUAACUCUUUGCCGUCGUUUGGUGCAGGAAAUGCACAUGACAGACAUGCAGGUGUGUUACGGAACCACCGAAACCUCGCCGGUCUCGUUCAUGUCCACUCGCGACGACCCGCCGGAGCAGAGAAUCAAGUCCGUCGGACACAUCAUGGACCACUUGGAAGCUGCGAUCAUUGACAAGAGAAACUGCAUUGUGCCACGUGGAGUGAAGGGCGAAGUGAUCGUUCGUGGCUACUCUGUGAUGAGAUGCUACUGGAACAGCGAGGAGCAAACGAAGAAGGAGAUCACCCAGGACAGAUGGUACCACACUGGAGACAUCGCCGUCAUGCACGACAACGGAACCAUUUCGAUCGUCGGCCGCUCGAAGGACAUGAUCGUCCGUGGUGGAGAGAACAUUUAUCCGACCGAAGUGGAGCAGUUCUUGUUCAAGCAUCAGUCGAUUGAGGAUGUUCACGUGAGUUUCUAGGAGAGAAGAGAGCGUUUGCUGAGUGACGUGUUUCAGAUUGUCGGAGUUCCGGAUGAGAGAUUCGGAGAAGUGGUUUGUGCGUGGGUCAGACUGCACGAGAGCGCCGAAGGGAAGACGAGCGAGGAGGACAUUAAGGCGUGGUGCAAGGGAAAGGUACGAGCCGAGCAAAAGCACAAAACAAUUCAUUUCUCAAUCCCUUUUCCAGAUCGCCCACUUCAAGAUUCCUCGUUACAUUCUUUUCAAGAAGGAGCACGAGUUCCCGCUGACGGUGACCGGAAAAGUGAAGAAGUUCGAGAUCCGCGAGAUGUCGAAGAUUGAGCUAGGACUACAGCAGGUGGUCUCCCACUUCUCCGAGCUCUGA